GUCACAGCUUUAUUAUACAGGGGUCCAAUACCAAAUGUCAGUCACUCUCUACCUCACCACCCGUGACCCUUCCAAACAAACCACCCAUCACAAAUUAUAAAACCACCAAAACCUAGCCGUUCAACUUUGGCUAUUCAUAGUCCUCACCUCUCUCCUCUCCUUCCACCACAAUGUCCGCCGCCGCCGCCACCACCACCACCACCGUCUCCUCCGCCACCCACCUCUUCGCCGACAAAACACCCCCCUCUUCCCUCAAACCCCUCUUCAAACCCCAACCCAAAACGACACCCUUUUCUCUAACCCACAAAAACCCAUCAAAGAUUUGCUCCAAAAACUCUCUUUCAGACGUUAAUUCCUCAUUUCAAUCAUACCCAGAUGAUAAAGUUUCAAUCUUUGAUCAUAAAGAUUCAACUUUGAAACCCUUAACCAAAACGACGUCGUUCGCCGUAACCCACAAAACCCCAGCAAAGAUUUCUUCUAAAAACCCUCUUUCUGACGUUAUUUCAUCAUUUGAAUCAUACCCAGAUGAUAAAGAUUCAAUCUUUGAUGCCGAUGACGACAAACCCCGUGAAGAGUGUGGUGUGGUGGGUAUCUACGGCGACCCAGAAGCGUCGCGCCUCUGCUACCUUGCACUCCACGCGCUGCAACACCGAGGCCAAGAAGGCGCCGGAAUAGUCACCGCCACCGCCGACGGCGUGUUAAAGUCUGUCACCGGAGUGGGUCUUGUGUCAGAAGUGUUCAACCAAUCAAAACUCGACCAACUUCCCGGCGACAACGCCAUCGGCCACGUCAGAUACUCCACCGCCGGUCAAUCCAUGCUCAAGAAUGUUCAACCUUUUGUCGCCGGUUAUCGGUUCGGGCGCGUGGGGGUGGCUCACAAUGGCAAUUUGGUAAAUUAUCAAACUUUAAGGGCUGAGUUAGAAGAGAAUGGUUCAAUAUUUGGUACUAGUUCUGAUACUGAAGUAGUGUUACAUUUAAUUGCUAUUAGUAAACAAAGACCCUUUUUUUUGAGAAUUGUUGAGGCUUGUGAGAAACUUAAAGGGGCUUAUUCUAUGGUGUUUUUGACUGAGGAUAAGUUAGUUGCUGUUAGGGAUCCUUUUGGGUUUAGGCCAUUAGUGAUGGGUAGGAGGAGUAAUGGGGCUAUUGUUUUCGCUUCCGAAACGUGCGCCCUCGACUUAAUCGAAGCGACGUACGAGCGAGAGGUGAACCCGGGUGAGUUGUUGAUCGUUGACAAAGAGGGGGUUCGGUCGAUUUGUUUGAUGCCUCACCCGGAGCCAAAGUCGUGCAUUUUCGAGCAUAUUUACUUUUCAUUACCGAAUUCGGUUGUGUUUGGGAAGUCGGUUUAUGAGUCGAGGAGGCAGUUUGGGGAGAUUUUGGCGAGUGAGAGUCCGGUGGAGUGUGAUGUUGUGAUUGCUGUUCCCGAUUCUGGGGUUGUUGCGGCGAUUGGGUAUGCGAAUAAGGCGGGGGUCCCGUUUCAGCAGGGGUUGAUUCGGUCGCAUUAUGUUGGGAGGACGUUUAUUGAGCCGUCGCAACGGAUUAGGGAUUUUGGGGUGAAAUUGAAGUUGUCGCCUGUUAGAGCGGUUUUGGAGGGGAAACGGGUUGUGGUGGUUGAUGAUUCGAUCGUUAGGGGGACCACUUCUUCGAAGAUAGUUCGGUUGUUGAAGGAAGCGGGCGCGAAAGAGGUGCAUAUGAGGAUUGCGAGCCCGCCGAUUAUUGCUUCGUGUUACUAUGGUGUGGAUACACCAAGCUCGGAGGAGUUGAUAUCGAACCGGAUGAGUGUUGAGGAGAUUCGUGAGUUUAUAGGGUGUGAUUCGCUCGCGUUUUUGCAAAUCGAUAGCUUGAAGAAGAUGUUGGCAGGUGAUUCGCCCAACUUUUGUUACGCGUGUUUUUCUGGGAACUACCCAGUGUUACCGAGUGGGAUGGUGAAACGGGUUGGCGAUUUUGUUGAUGACGGGUUGAAUGGGAGUAUUGAUUCGAUCGAUGGCGGUUGGCUUCAAGGGUCAAAAGAAGGAUCAAAAGAAGAAAAAGAGAAGGAUUUGGAUGUGAAUUAUGAAGAAGAAGAUGGUAAAGUUGCAGUUUAGGUUUAAAGAUUGAAUCUUUUUAAGACAGACCGAGGGUCAAAAAACUUAUGGACCAGUAAAGUAAAACAUGUGAGAUCUUCGUUAAAAUUUUAACAGAAGUACAAACAAAGAAUUCAACAGAAAUUUCAAAUAUGAGCAGCAGAAGAAACCUACGACUCGGCUCUAUAAUUAUCCUUCAACAAGAAGCAAACAUCCUCUACUUAUUCUUCACUCUCCCUCUAUUCCAUUAUUUACUUGUUGCUGCUCUAAUAUGGAACAAGACGGCGAGUUUUGGCUGCCUGCUGAGUUUCUGGAUGAAGAAGAAGAUGUGGUUAUGGUGCAGUCUGGUUUGACUUCUCCCGAGACCGAGAGUGAUGAAGAAGAUUACCUUAACGAGCUAUCGAGAAAGCUUGCUUGGUCUGCUCUUGAAGAUGAUUUAUGGAAAACGCAAUCAGAAUCCGUUUUUGCCAACUUCAAGUCGUCGAGUAGGGUUAUGGCAGGGUCGCCGCAAUGAACACUAUGUGUUAACCUUGUUUCAAGCAGAGGAAGCUCUAACUGCCCUUCGCCGCCCCCACCAUUGAGUCGUCUUGGGAUGUUCUGUGUGCUGCCGCGGGUGAGAUUGCGAGGUUUCUUCUGCUGCUCAUAUUUGAAAUUUGUGUUAAAUUCUUUUGUUUGUACUUCUGUUAAAAUUUUAACGAAGAUCUCACAUGUUUUACUUUACUGGUCCGUAAGUUUUUUGACCUCGGUCUGUCCUGUUUUGUUAAUGAUUCGUGACUUGUUAAUUUGAAUCCAUUUUUACUGA